CAUUCUACCUAAUAAAUUAGGUUUGAAAAAAAAAGUUUACUUUCUUAUCAUUAUCAUUCUCUUUUGUUUUGACCUUAUUGAACCUGUGCAGUUGUUGCUAGGUUCAAAUUGAGGCAGUCAAUUAUGUUUCUUGUCUUACUUUUUUGGUUUUUUUCUGCUGCACUUAUCUGCAUAAUUAUACUUGUUCUUAGUUGUAGCAAUUGAAAUGCUACUUCCCCACUGACUGUAUGUGCAUGCUGACCUUUUUUCUCCUUUGGGUGGGUGGUAGCAUUGUAGAAGUAUGAUAUCUAAGUUAACUGCAAGCAUUAGAAGCUAAUGUAUUACUAAUUGGUAUGCAUUUCCAAAACAUGGUGCACCUUUGUUCCAAAACAAUGAAUUUAGUGAUCCCAUCCCAAUAACUUUUUUUUUCCAUAUUUAUUCUUCUAAUGUUUGAGAACAGAACAAAGUGGAAAUCCUCUACUCUUAUUCUUAUCUAGGGUUGUCCAGCCAAAAAAGGGAGGGUUACAUCCAGUUAGCUUGAUAGAGGAAAAGAAAGGUAACACAGAGAUAAGAUAAGGGGAGAGAGAUUUUAGUUUAUGGAUUGGAGAGUUUUGGUUUGAAAAAAGUUUAAGAGCUAUAGAGUGGGGGAAAAAGAGACAACUUCUAUGUAAAUAUGCUUUUGUAAUUAAUCGAGAAACAAAACCAAUAAACUAGAUUGUGUUAUUUCAUGGAUAUCUAAAUGAUGGUAAAAGGAAGCUGGAAAUUAUCUUGAAUUCUAAUAAUAAAUUAGUAAUCCAUUCAAGUUUAUUGCUUUAAUAACAUAUUUACUUCAUGUGGAAUAUUAUGUGGACAUUUUCAUUCCAAAUAUCAGAGCAAUCAGCUUUUUGGAUAUCAUCGAUUGGGUUAUCAUUCUACUUGUCACUCUGUUUUUUAUAAUUAUGCUUGUUUAUUGUUGUUUGGUUCCCUCUAGCUUCAAUUAACUUAAUCAAUUUUUAAUAAUAGACUUAUCAACUUUACUGUGAUGUUAGCAGUUUGAUUUUAUGAAUAGUAAGUUUGUAAAGUGCAAAUUACACUUGGGGAUUUGGGUGCAUGGGCCACCUUGAACUAAGUGGUAUUUUGUUGUUUUCAUGUAAGAAAUUGGCUCCAUAGUUGAUUUUCUAUACCAUUCUUGUGAGAUGGAACAAAGAUAUCUUCAUAAUUUUUUACUUCGGAAAUUGAGCCUCAAUUGAGAAAGAUUGUGCAUGCAUUACCUUACCAAUGAACUGUUGCUAUGAGGACACUGGUGGGGCACACUUGCUCUCACCAGCAAUCCUGUGCUUCCUAGUGCUUUGGUUGAAUUUUAAGGAUGGUCUCAGCACCUAAAUUGAGAUGUGAGAACACUUUCCUUGCCAUUAAGGACACUUGUGGUUCCUCAAUUCGAUGGAUAGAAUUAGUUUCCAUCGAAUUAUUUUCUCAAGCUCUCCACUCACUAUGCCAUGAAUGCUUGUUGUGAGGUGCUCUCCCUUUCUCACACAGAGCACUCAAACUCAGCAUAUACGAUCUCUAACUGUGAGAUGGCACAACAACUUAAGCUGAGACUGGAGUUAAGCAUCUCCCUUUGUGUGGUAUCUUAGAGUUAAAAGGGCAAUGAGUCUGCUCACACCUUCCUCCCUUAGAGGGUCCUUAGUCUUAACAUGUUACAAGAGACAACUUCUAAUUACUAGAAGAACAUGACAUGGCCCAUCCAACUUACAUGCAUUGCCAAGUUAAAAUGGUGCUGCGACCACUACUGCAUCUGACCAACUAAGGUCACCGUUCUACGAAAUUUAGGCCAUGGUAAAUUGCUUUUAUCCAUUGGACAUUGGCUUUCUGAUAUGAACUUCUAGUAAACCUAAGGGUGCUUAGACCAUUAUUGAUAAGUCACGCACAACAUUCAACCUCGUAUUUCAAAAAUACAACCAUAUUAAAGUAGCAACCAAGCAUUUUCUAUACCAGUUUGUAUUAAGAAUUUUUUUGUUUAAAAAAUAAUUUAUAAAUAAUGUAAUAAGUAUAUCUCAUAUCCUUCUUCUUCUUCUUCUUUUUUUUUUUAAUUGUGUUAUGUUCUCCAACAAAAGGUGAGUUUUCUAUUUCAAACUAUUUGGAAUAUAUGAAUUCUACCUAUGCCUCUGCAUGCCUAAUGUUUUGUUUUGAUGUGACCAGUGGCUAGGAUAAAGGAGCAAGGUUCUUUAGGUGGUUGGGAGCCUGUGUAAAAUUUUGUCAAAUCCCUUCUGAUCACUGACUCUUAAGAAUACCUACAUCUAUGGUUUAACUGAAAUUUUGGUCCUUGACUCAGUAUAAUAUUUAGAGAAGAUAAACCUGUCCAACCCCAACUAGUUGAGAAUGUUUGGUUUAACUGAGUUGUUCUACCCGCUGGAAGUUUGUUGCGGGCUGCAGUGGGCAUACAUAAAUGUGCGUGUCCGGUUGUGUAUGUGGGAGUCAGGGCAAGUAACGAGAAGGAUUAGUUGGGGAGGCCGAUGUCAUGGUCACCAAUUGAGAGUGCAGUUGCUGUUCUAACAAAGCACAGAUCAUGUAGAGGCAAAAGCUGGAGACAUAUCUGGCAGAGCGUAGAUCUCUAUAACAUAUUUGUUGCAGGAACUUUUGUGAAGGGCAUGCCGAGACUCAUUGUGGGUCCUUAAUCCAUGUACCCAAAAAUCCUAACUAGCCCAGUGUUUUCCGAGCAGGGUUUUAUCUUCUGGUUGUUGCUCUUCUCUAGGAAUGAUGUUGAGGAGCUAACAGUCAAAAUCUGCGCUAGGCUAUGAGCCCUUUAAUCACAUAAAUCUCUUUUCUUUUUGUUUGGUAUUUUGUCUUUUAGGUAGUUGUUUGUUGAGCGAACCGUUGGGUAUAGAUUAUAGUGAUUAUCCGAGCAGCAAACAUUCUGCUUGAAUGGUGGUUGUUAUUUGUUAAUGCAAUUUUCAUUUUAUCUCAAGUGAGUGGUUGUUAAUGCAUCAUAUUCCUAGAAUGUAACUGGGGCAUUCUAUGGCCGUUGGUCUUAACCUGGUGGGCUCCACAACCUAGCCCUAAUGCCAAGAUUGUGAAAUGCUAUUUUGUAACAUUGGCCUCUUCUGGUCUUCAUUAGACAACCCGCCGGUUCUGAUUAUGUAACUAUUUUACUGAUACGAAAUUCAAAAAUCGAAGACUAUAAAGUCCUGGUCGAAAUUUCUAGUCAACUCUCUCUCUCUUGCAUGGAAAUUUGGGUGACACGUAAUGGACCCAGAUGGGAGCUAAUUGGGUGAUACUCCGAAGCAGUUAGGCUGACCCAAAUGGGAGCUAAAUGUGUGUUACAUUUUCAAACCCUUAAUAAUUGGAUAACUGUUCGUCAUGAGUGUCAUUUUUUAUAUAAGAAAAAAAAACUAUUCGCAAUCUAAAUGCAGGACAAGGGAAGGGUAAAUUUUGGAAUUAUAAACUAUGGAUGGGUUUAGCCGUCGAUUAUCCCAAGUUUGUUAAUUGGGAAGAAUAUGGGUAACUGUCUGCCGCCUGCCGGCUGGCCCAGCGGUCAACAUUCUCCCUAUGAUCAAGACAUCAAAUACGCGGUUUUGAGUAUAUUCACAGCACCAACCCAAAAGAUUCAUCAGUAGCCUUCCAAUUAUUUUGCAAAAAGGCCUUGAAAGAUGCCAGAGAAACAAAAAUGAUCGACCUCCCAGAUCAGAUCACCCCGGUUUGUAGCUCAAUCUCGUCUAGUUUGUAACUUUGUAGGGUUUCAUGCUUUCCGCAGAGUUUUCUUCCGAGUGAUGACAAGCGAAGGAGAGGCAAGAAGACGCGGGUCCUUAUAUCGAUUAGGUUUCCUUGGGAUCUUGCUGUUUUUUCUUGCGCACGUCACCGUCAUAGCGGUAGUUUGUUGGAGAAGAGGUCGGGCGAGGAGAAGAACGAGCGUGUGCCCGACCAUGGCGAUGGCCAAAUUCCUCGACGACAUGGAACUUGAAAAGCCGAUCCGAUUCACCUCCCAACAGCUCCGAACGGCCACAAACAACUUCAGCGACCUCCUCGGCUCCGGCGGCUUCGGAUCGGUCUACAAGGGGACUUUAAAGAACGGAAUGGCCGUGGCGGUGAAGGUUCUGAACGGCGAAUUAUCCAACAAGAGAAUCGAAGAACAGUUCAUGGCGGAGGUGAGCACGCUGGGGAGAAUCCACCACUUCAAUCUGGUGCGGCUCCAUGGAUUCUGCUUCGAGAGGAGUCUCCGAGCUCUGGUCUACGAGUUCAUGGCGAACGGCUCCCUGGACAGGUACCUUUUCCGGGAAAACAAGGUCCUGGAAUUCGAGCAGCUCCACGAGAUCGCCGUCGGCACGGCGAGAGGCAUCGCUUACUUGCACGAAGAGUGCCAGCAACGGAUCGUCCACUACGAUAUCAAGCCGGGUAACAUCCUUCUCGACAGCAAGUUCUCCCCCAAAGUUGCCGAUUUCGGGCUUGCCAAGCUCUGCAACAGGGACAGUACUCAUAUAACGAUGACCGGCGGGAGGGGGACACCCGGCUACGCGGCGCCGGAGCUGUGGAUGCCGCUGCCGAUCACCCACAAGUGCGACGUUUACAGCUUCGGGAUGCUGCUGUUCGAGAUCAUCGGCCGGAGGAGGAACCUGGACAUCAACCUUGCGGAGAGCCAGGAGUGGUUUCCGAAGUGGGUAUGGAAGAAGUUCGAGAAGGGGGAAAUGGCGGAGAUGAUGAUAGUCUGUGGGAUCGAGGAGAAGGACAGGGAAAUGGCGGAGAAGAUGGCGAAGACGGCGCUGUGGUGCGUGCAGUACCGGCCGGAGGGGCGGCCGCUGAUAAGCACGGCGGUGAAGAUGUUGGAGGACGCUAUUGAGAUUCCGGCGCCGAGCAACCCGUUUCCCUUCUUCGCCGAGGGUCCGGCGUGUCCAUUCCCGAGAACAUCAUCAUCGUCUUGGUCUGGUUCGUCUGGCACAGUGAGAAGCUCUACUGUUUGCCCGAUCAUGAGUAAAUACGAAAUUGAAAUAGCCUCCAACUGAACUGAACUGAACUGAACUGAACUAGGAGCCCCAAAGAAAAGAAAAAAGAAAGCUGCCCCUUGCUCAUUGUCAUGUCAAAAAUCGACUUUGCUAAUUACUGAAAAAGAAAAACAAAAGCUUCUUCUUCUAGCCAUUAUUUUAUUGUAUAUAUAAUAAUAGUCUGUCUGUGUGCACAGCACAUUGAGUAAAUUAUGGGUUAAAUUAAAUGCAAGUUACAUUAUUAUUCUAUUUA